AAGGAGGAGAGGAGUGUGGAGGUUGACGAAGCCUUUAGCCCGGAAUAUGGGCGAAUUUUAACACUAAAAUACUCACAUUUCACUAAUUCCUUAUAUAACACUACAAAGGGAUAAUCCUUCGAUCAGACUGGCCUUGCGAAGAACACUAAAUUAAAGGACAUGUCGCGAGGUGUGUUACAACCGAGCCAGCAAAAGCUGGCGGAGAAGCUGACCAUUCUUAACGACAGGGGCAUUGGGAUGCUUACCCGCAUCUACAAUAUCAAAAAGCAAGGACAAGUUUGGAAGGCAUGCGGGGACCCGAAAGCAAAGCCAUCCUACCUGAUCGACAAAAACCUGGAGUCAGCUGUGAAGUUCAUCGUCAGAAAGUUCCCAGCUGUUGAAACGCGGAACAACAAUCAACAGCUGGCGCAACUGCAGAAAGAGAAGUCAGAGAUACUAAAGAAUCUAGCUUUGUAUUACUUCACGUUUGUGGAUGUUAUGGAAUUUAAGGACCAUGUUUGUGAACUGUUGAACACUAUCGAUGCAUGCCAGGUUUUCUUUGACAUUACUGUAAAUUUUGAUUUAACGAGGAACUACCUGGACCUAGUGGUCACCUACACUACACUGAUGAUAUUGCUGUCUCGAAUUGAAGAACGCAAAGCCAUUAUUGGACUUUAUAAUUACGCUCAUGAAAUGACACACGGCUCUAGUGACCGUGAGUAUCCCAGACUGGGCCAAAUGAUUGUGGACUAUGAGAAUCCGUUGAAAAAGAUGAUGGAAGAAUUUGUCCCCCAUGGGAAGUCUCUGUCAGACGCCCUGGUCUCACUACAGAUGGUCUACCCUCGACGCAACCUGUCUGCUGACCAGUGGAGGAACGCUCAGCUGCUGAGUCUAAUCAGUGCCCCCAGUACCAUGCUCAACCCAGCCCAGUCUGACACGAUGCCCUGUGAAUACCUGUCCCUGGACACCAUGGAGAAGUGGAUUGUUUUCGGGUUCAUCCUGUGUCAUACGGCCCUGAAUAGCGACCCUGCAGCCCUCAGCCUGUGGAAGUUGGCUCUGCAGAGCAGCUCAUGUCUCUGCCUCUUCAGAGAUGAGGUCUUCCACUUCCAUAAGGCUGCUGAGGACCUGUUUGUCAACAUCCGUGGUUAUAAUAAACGUGUCAAUGACAUCCGCGAGUGCAAAGAAUCGGCCCUUUCCCAUGCGGGUUCACUGCACAGAGAGCGGCGUAAGUUCCUGAGGUCUGCCCUGAAGGAGCUGGCCACGGUGUUGGCAGACCAGCCUGGACUGCUGGGCCCUAAGGCUCUGUUUGUCUUCAUGGCCCUGUCCUUCGCACGGGAUGAGAUUAUUUGGCUGUUGCGACAUGCUGAUAACAUCCAGAAGAAAAGCACAGACGAUUUCAUAGACAAGCACAUUGCAGAGUUAAUCUUCUACAUGGAGGAACUGCGAGCCCAUGUAAGGAAGUACGGGCCUGUGAUGCAGAGAUACUAUGUCCAGUAUCUCUCUGGCUUUGACGCUGUCGUCCUCAACGAACUGGUCCAGAAUCUCUCCGUGUGUCCAGAGGACGAGUCCAUCAUCAUGUCCUCCUUUGUCAACACCAUGACUUCUCUGAGCGUCAAACAAGUGGAAGACGGAGAGGUGUUUGAUUUCCGGGGCAUGAGGCUGGACUGGUUCAGGUUACAGGCCUAUACCAGUGUGUCCAAGGCUUCGCUGGGCAUCGCGGAUCACAAGGAACUGGGCAAGAUGAUGAACACAAUCAUCUUUCACACCAAAAUGGUGGAUUCUCUGGUGGAGAUGCUGGUGGAAACCUCAGACCUCUCCAUUUUCUGCUUUUACAGCCGCGCCUUUGAGAAGAUGUUCCAGCAGUGUCUGGAGUUGCCUUCCCAGUCGCGAUAUUCCAUCUCCUUCCCUCUGCUCUGUACUCAUUUCAUGAGCUGCACCCACGAGCUCUGCCCAGAGGAGCGUCACCACAUCGGGGAUCGAAGCCUGUCUCUGUGCAACAUGUUCCUGGACGAGAUGGCCAAGCAGGCCCGCAACCUCAUCACUGACAUCUGCACUGAACAGUGCACCCUGAGUGACCAGCUCCUGCCAAAACACUGUGCCAAGACCAUCAGCCAGGCCGUCAACAAGAAGUCAAAAAAGCAAACGGGGAAGAAGGGUGAGCCGGAGCGGGAGAAGCCGGGAGUGGAGAGCAUGAGGAAGAACAGGCUCCUGGUCACCAAUUUGGACAAGCUGCACACAGCCCUGUCAGAGUUGUGUUUCUCCAUCAACUACGUCCCAAACAUGGUGGUCUGGGAGCACACGUUCACUCCACGGGAGUACCUAACCUCACAUCUGGAGAUCCGCUUCACCAAGUCCAUUGUGGGGAUGACGAUGUAUAACCAGACCACGCAGGAGAUCGCCAAGCCCUCGGAACUCCUGACCAGCGUCAGGGCCUACAUGACCGUGCUGCAGUCCAUCGAGAACUACGUCCAAAUCGACAUCACCAGAGUCUUCAACAACGUUCUGCUCCAGCAGACUCAGCACCUGGACAGCCACGGGGAACCGACCAUAACCAGCCUCUACACCAACUGGUACCUGGAGACUUUGCUGAGACAGGUGAGCAAUGGCCACAUAGCCUACUUUCCCGCCAUGAAGGCCUUCGUCAACCUUCCAACGGAGAACGAGCUAACAUUCAACGCAGAAGAGUACUCUGAUAUCUCCGAGAUGCGGUCUCUGUCAGAGCUGCUGGGCCCAUACGGGAUGAAGUUCCUGAGUGAGAGUCUGAUGUGGCACAUCUCGUCCCAGGUGGCUGAGCUGAAGAAACUGGUUGUGGAGAAUGUGGAGGUUCUGACUCAGAUGAGGACCAGUUUUGACAAGCCUGAACAGAUGGCGGCCCUGUUUAAGAAGCUGACAUCUGUUGACAGUGUGUUGAAAAGGAUGACCAUCAUUGGAGUCAUUCUGUCAUUCCGCUCCCUGGCGCAAGAAGCUCUCAGAGACGUGUUGUCCUGCCACAUUCCAUUCCUGGUGAGCUCAGUGGAGGACUUUAAGGACCACAUUCCCAGAGAGACUGAUAUGAAGGUGGCGAUGAACGUGUAUGAGCUGUCCUCGGCUGCUGGCUUACCCUGCGAGAUUGACCCUGCUCUGGUUGUUGCGCUGUCUUCACAGAAGUCCGAGAACAUUAGUCCAGAGGAAGAGUACAAGAUAGCCUGUCUGCUCAUGGUCUUUGUGGCUGUUUCCCUGCCAACUCUGGCCAGUAACGUGAUGUCACAGUACAGCCCAGCCAUUGAAGGUCACUGCAACAACAUCCACUGUCUGGCAAAGGCUAUAAACCAGAUUGCAGCUGCGUUGUUUACAAUUCACAAGGGCAGCAUUGAGGACCGUCUGAAAGAGUUCCUCGCCCUGGCUUCCUCCAGUCUGUUGAAGAUUGGCCAAGAGACAGAUAAAACCACAACAAGAAACAGGGAGUCUGUUUACCUGCUCCUCGAUAUGAUUGUGCAAGAGUCUCCGUUCCUCACAAUGGACCUCCUGGAAUCCUGCUUUCCCUAUGUCCUCCUCCGUAACGCGUACCACGCCGUCUACAAGCAGUCUGUGUCGUCCUCCGCAUAGGAGCCCCGUGCUCCGCACACGCUGUGUCCUCCUCCCUGGAGCAGCGCUGUGGUCUGGAGAGGGAAGGGUGUGCUAAAGAGACACCUCCUCCUCAUUUCUCCUCACCCUUUAGUCUUAAGACUACCAGACUGUCUUCAGAUCAGUCCAAUCACCACACUGAUGAGGAAAAAAAAAACAUCCUUCUUUAUUGACCAAUUACAGUAAUCUACAAGUUUUGGUUGUCAUGAACUAGUGACACAAAAUGUAAUUUUUGAAACGUUUGAGUUUUUGAAUUGAAACAGGAAAGACAAACAUAGUUGUGUAUGUGUGUUUGGGGGCGGGGGGGGGGGGGGGGGGGGGGGGGUUUGGGGAUGAACAGUAAUUAUCUUAAAUCAUGCUAAAUCAUGCUAACUGCUUGUGAAAUGACAGAUGCCUCUUGGGAACACAGUGAUUCUCUUAGAUGUUGUUCUAGAUUUAAUCUGUGUGGGUUAAUGCGUGCUUUCUUUUUUGUGAAUUUGCUUCUUAUUUUUACACUUUUCAGUUCCUUUGAAACCUUUGCCAAAUUAAUUAAUAGCAUCUUGUUGGGUUUGAAAAGGCAACGUUGUGAGUAACUACAUGUUAUAAAAGCAACCAAUAGUGUUGUUUGUACAAAGCAUAGUAUAAUUUUAUAACUAACUCAUGUGAUACAAAUGCGGCAUCAACACUCCAUCGUACCUGUCUGUGUGGUAUAGUAAACAUUCUUACAUAUUUAUUGAAUGUUUAUAAAUUUCUCUCCCCUAACCACUUUUAUAUGUUUU